AUGGGUUUGUGGACUAGAAUGUGGCCCACAGAUUGGGCUUUUCUCAUGAAAUCAUGGCUUAUAUUUUCCCUGGGGCUUUACAUGCAGGUCUCCAAGACUUUGGCCUGCCCAAAAGUGUGCCGCUGUGAUCGAAACUUUGUCUACUGUAAUGAGCGAAGCUUGACCUCAGUGCCUCUUGGGAUACCGGAGGGUGUAACCGUCCUCUACCUCCAUAACAACCAAAUUAAUAAUGCUGGAUUUCCUGCAGAGUUGCACAAUGUCCAGUCUGUGCACACAGUCUACCUGUAUGGCAACCAAUUGGAUGAAUUCCCCAUGAACCUGCCCAAGAAUGUCAGGGUUCUCCACCUGCAGGAAAACAACAUUCAGACCAUUUCUCGGGCGGCCCUUGCUCAGCUUUUGAAGCUGGAAGAGCUGCACCUAGAUGACAACUCCAUCUCCACUGUUGGUGUUGAGGAUGGGGCAUUCCGGGAAGCUAUCAGCCUCAAGCUUCUGUUCUUGUCCAAGAAUCACUUAAGCAGUGUACCAGUAGGCCUUCCAGUGGACUUACAAGAACUUCGAGUAGACGAAAACCGAAUUGCUGUCAUUUCAGACCUGGCCUUCCAGAAUCUUACAAGUCUGGAGCGUCUGAUUGUGGAUGGCAAUCUCCUUACUAAUAAAGGCAUAGCUGAAGGCACCUUCAGCCACCUCUCCAAGCUCAAGGAAUUCUCAAUAGUGCGGAAUUCACUGACCUACCCUCCUCCUGAUCUUCCAGGUACACAUCUGCUAAGGCUCUACUUGCAGGACAACCAGAUAACCCAUAUACCACUUACAGCCUUUUCAAACCUCCACAAGCUGGAACGUCUUGAUAUUUCCAACAAUCAACUUCGGAUGUUGGUAAAGGGGGUAUUUGAUAAUCUCCACAACCUGAGGCAACUCACUGUAAGGAAUAAUCCCUGGUUGUGUGACUGCAGUAUUAAGUGGGUCACUGAAUGGCUCAAAUUUAUUCCUGCUUCCAUCAAUGUACGGGGUUUUAUGUGCCAGGGACCAGAGCAUGUCCGAGGUAUGGCGGUCAGGGAGCUCAAUAUGAAUAUGUUGUCAUGCCCCACUACCACCCCUGGUCUGCCACUUAUCAUCACCCCAGUCCCAGCUACAGCCAUGCCAACUACAUUAGUUCCCACCUCAUCAGUUCCUCCCUCCAGUAGCAAAUAUAAUCCUCUCGCUCCCACCAUAGCCACACUCCCCACUGUGCCUGACAGGGAGGACAGAGAAAGGAUGACACCUCCUAUAUCUGAACGGAUUCAACUCUCCAUCCAUUUUGUGAAUGACACUUGCAUCCAAGUUAACUGGAUGUCUCUUUUUACCGUGAUGGCAUAUAAACUCACAUGGGUUAAAAUGGGCCAUAGUCUGGUAGGAGGAAUUGUUCAGGAACGAAUAGUUAGUGGUGAGAAGCAACACUUAAGCUUGGUAAAUCUGGAGCCCAAAUCCACCUAUCGGAUUUGUUUGGUUCCACUGGAUACUUACAACAAUUACCGAACUGGAGAAGACACCGUCUGUUCAGAAGCCACCACCAAGGCUUCCUUUUUGAGCAAUGGCAGCAACAUCCCCUCCAGCCAUGAGCAGACAACUUCUCAGAACCUGGGCUCCCCUUUUCUGCUGGCAGGGUUGAUUGGGGGCGCAGUGAUAUUUGUCCUCGUGGUCCUGCUCAGCAUUUUUUGCUGGCACAUGCACAAAAAAGGGCGUUACACCUCCCAGAAGUGGAAAUAUAACCGGGGCCGUCGGAAAGAUGAUUAUUGCGAGGCAGGGACCAAGAAGGACAACUCCAUCCUGGAGAUGACGGAAACCAGCUUCCAGAUUGUCUCCUUAAAUAAUGAUCAGCUCCUUAAAGGAGAUUUCAGACUGCAGCCCAUUUAUACCCCAAACGGGGGCAUUAACUACACAGACUGCCACAUCCCCAACAACAUGCGAUACUGCAACAGCAAUGUCUCAGACCUGGAGCACUGUCAUACGUGA